AGAGAGAGAGAGAGAGAGAGAGAGAGAGAGAGAGAGAGCAGAACAUGGCUGGAAUUCUUCAGUCAGGAACAAAACAUGCAAUCAGUUACAAAGAAACUAUUUUGGCAGGGGGCGGACAGUUCCGUGCGUGUGAUGCCGACGGGGAAAAUACUGUAGCGGUCAGAGAGCCCAGGACCACUCCAUGUUGAAUGUUCUACUACGGGGGGCAGCGAAUCUUGUGUUUUUUCACAGGACUUUAAUUAUUCUGACUGAUCUGCAGUCAUCCAAAUCUAACCACUCAUUCUAUAUGAUAUAUACUACUUUCAGGACUACAGCACACACUGCACUGCACAAUUUACAUGACCUCACUAAAUUCCCCAACCACACCCAAAUGAAGUACGGAGUCCAAGUGAAUGAUGACCCAACAUUAUCUUGGACAGGGGGCUUUCAGCUCUGGAGACAUUUCAGCAUUUUAAUUGCAUGGACACCGGGCCAUGGAUUGUAGAGCCCAAGCCCAAUGUGUUCCCCUAGUGGUGAGCUACCCACAUUGCAUCACAUGUCACCCCCCACCCAACACCACCACUAACAUCUACACCCUCCAGUUACAUAUGGUUGGUGUGCAGCACACACAUGCUCAUUCCAGCCAACUGUACAUGGAGUGCUUUCAGAAAUGUGUCAUUGUCAUCCUGUUCAUCCCUGCUGGAAUGCAGUACAGAUGUGUUAACUACAGUCAUACAGACACAUACUACCUCACAAACACACACACACAAAGACUCAUACAGAUACACACUAACUGUCGGCGACACACUCCCUCUCAGUCUCACACAGACACCUAGUCAGCUUCGAGAGACUGGGGAAUGGCUGAGCAGAAACACAAAAGUUACUUCUCAAUGCUGUAAUAAUAGUGUUUGUACAGUCUAAACAAAAGGAUUUGCUUUCUAUGACAUUGUUGACCUCUUGUGUUUGUGUGUGUGUGUGGUCAGGUACCAAACACAAAACCAUCCUGGAGGCCAGGAGCGGGCUGGGCCCCAUCAAGGCGUACCCCCGCCUGGGCCCCAAGCCUGUUGGAGAGCAAGGAGGGGGGCCCGUGGACCCCAACACUCAGGAACGCACCUUCCACUGUGAGAUCUGCAACGUGCGGGUCAACUCUGAACUGCAGCUCAAACAGCACAUAUCAAGUCGAAGGCACCGGGACGGCGUGGCGGGAAAGCCCAACCCCCUCCUCAGCCGGCACAAGAAGCACAGGGGAGCUGACCUCACGUCCACUCUCUCCUUUUCCAAGGAUCUCACCAAAGCUUUGGGCGCAGGCCUCCUGCCCAGCCCCUUGGCUGUUGCCGCCGCGAUGGCCGCCGCCGCCUCCUCCAACCAGCUGGCUCUCCGUGCAGCUAGCUCCGCCCACCACCACCACCACCACCACCACCCCCACCACCACCUACUGCAGGGCCCGCCUCUCAGCCACGCCAUCCUGAGACCCGCACCGGGGCCUAUCCGCACCACACACGGGCCGAUCCUUUUCUCCCCUUAUUGAGCCCCCCACCAAACCCCCCCACCAAACCCCCCCACG